UCUGAAGGCAUGCCAGCACCCGCCCUGCAGAAUCAGCAUCACAGCGCGCACGCCUGACAAGUGCGCCUCCCCCUCCGCACCGUGUUUGACAUCCCCAUCGUUAUAGGCUUCGCCUCUGGCUGCUUCUUUUUUUUUAAGGAAAGCUCAGCGCCAGCCACAGAUUACACAUUCUGCCCACAUACGCACGGAGGGAAGCAGAAGAGGGAGCGACGCGGGGGGGAAACAGGCGCGGUCUUUCUCGCCUGGACAGUUUUUUGCUCGCAGUUGGAGGAGGGGAAUCUAUGCGAUACGUGCAUCAUUUUUUACUGAAAGUUGAAGGGGGUGUACAUUUUGGACUCUGCACGGCGUCGGAUACGGUGACAUCUUUCUGCACACCUGUGGAUGCAAUAAAGGCUCGCUUGAUGUUCGGACUCCAAUCUCCAGUACACGCAGGAUUCUCCAGUUGAUAAUCACCCCGUGCAACAUGCUGCUGAGCGUCCCCUUCCUGGUGCUUCCCUUGCUGAGCAUCACCGGCUGCGGCGCGUCCUACGUGCCGUGCGAGCCGUGCGACCAGAAGGCCCGCUCCAUGUGUCCGCCGGUGCCGGUGGGAUGCCAGGUGGUGAAGGAGCCGGGCUGCGGCUGCUGCCUGACGUGCGCGCUCGAGGAGGGGCAGUCGUGCGGCGUGUACACGGGGCCGUGCACACGCGGACUUCGAUGCCUGCCCAAGAACGGCGAGGAGAAGCCUCUGCACGCCCUCCUGCACGGCCGGGGCGUGUGCAGGAACGAGAAGUUGUACAAACUGCUGCAUCCUUCCAAAGAUGAUGUGCCAGAGUCCAUGAUGCCCCAAACCAAGGUGCCCAUAUAUGGACGGGAUCACAUCAGCAGUCGGAAGGCCCAGGCAAUGAAGCAGGCCAAGGAACGCAAAAAGCAGCUCGCCAGGGUGGGAGCCAGCAGCAACCUGGACCUCCCUUUUCACGGCCUGGAGAAAAUGGAGCCUGAGUUUGGCCCCUGCAGGAGACGUCUGGAUCACCUCAUUCAGAGCAUGAAGGACACGUCCCGGGUCUUGGCUCUGUCUUUGUACAUCCCUAACUGUGACAAAAAAGGCUUCUUCAAGCGCAAACAGUGCAAGCCGUCUCGGGGUCGCCGGAGGGGAAUCUGCUGGUGCGUGGACCGCUUUGGCGCCAAGAUCCCGGGCAUCAACUACGCCGGCGGGGACUUGCAAUGCAAAGACUUGGACAGCGCCAGCAACAGAAAUGAGUGAGCUCGAGUCAAGCCGACACACGAUUGAUGACCACUUUGGUGCAUCGCAGAGUCUGGUCAUGCGAUGGACUGUCGUUGUUUUAAAAGGGAUGCACUUUUUUAUAGGUUACGUAACUGUGGCUCCCCAAUGACUGUGUUCAUACUCUCUAUAUCCAUAGAUUAUAGACAUAUACAUGCACACACACAUAUAUGUGUGUACUAUUGAAAACAUGUUGUACAUUGAGUCUGAUUCAUUUACAUGUUUUAAAUGUGAUUCGGCUCCUGUGGGAGGAUUUGUGUCAUAUUUUAAGGGUGUGCGAGUCACAAGUUUUUUACUGAAUCAGGAUUUACAGUACUCAUCUCUGUUAACUCAUCCAGUUACGCAACCGCUUGCUAAAAUGAAAAAAGUAACGUCACAAAUCGUGCACCUGAUAGUCUAACUGGCACAAAUGUAUUAGUCCCUGCCUCGAAUCCACUCUCCUUUCUCCUUGCGGUCCCGGCACAUCACUGUUUCACUGACUCACUGGGGCUCUAAGAAGACUCGAGUUUUACUGUUUCGUGAGUUGACAAAAACUUGAGUUUCACUGACUCACGAGCGCUCGAUGAAGACUCGCGGUUGUUUCACAAAGACUCGAGUUUCAAUGACUUACAGGCUGACAAAGUCUCAUGUUUCAUUGACUCACGGGUUGAUGAAAACUCGAGUUUCACUGAUUCUUGGGUGCCCAACGAAUUGACAAAGACUCAAGUUUCAUUGACUCACCCGUGUUUCAAGUUUUGCUUACGCACAGGUUGACAAAGACUCGAGUUUCACAGACUCACGGUUGACAAAGACUAGAGUGUCACUGACUCAUGGGUGAGCAACAAAAACUCCAGUUUAACUGACUCACGAGUUGACAAAGACUCGAGUUUCAUUGACUCACAGGUUGACGAAGACCUGUGUUUCACUUGCUCGUAGGUGCUUGAUGAAGACUUGAGUUUUACUGAGUCACGGGUUGAAGAACACUUGAGUUUCACAUGAAGACUUGAGUUUCACUGAUUCACGGGUUGACUCAUGGGUGCUCGAUGAGUUGACAAAGACUUGAGUUUCAUUGACUCACCGGUGUUUCAAGUUUCACUUACUCACAGGUUGAGAAAGACCCGAGUUCCAUUGACUCACGGGUUGACAAAGACUCGAGUUUUGUUGACUCACGGGUUCCCAGCAAAAACUUGAGUCUCACUGACUGACGGGUUGACGAAGACCUGUGUUUCACUGACUCAUAGGUGCUUGAUGAAGACUCGAGUUUGAAUGAUUGACGGGUUGAAGACUUGAGUUUCACAUGAAGACUUGAGUUUCACUCAUUCACAGGUUGAUAAAAACUCGAGUUUCAUGGACUCACCGGUGUUUCAAGUUUCACUUACUCACAGGUUGACAGACCCGAGUUUCACUGACUCACGGGUUGAAGAAGACUUGAGUUUCACAUGAAGACUCGAGUUUCACUGAUUCACGGGUUGAUAAAAACUCGAGUUUCAUUGGCCCACCGGUGUUUCAAGUUUCACUUACUCACAAGUUGACAAAGACCCGAGUUUCAUUGACUCACGGGUUGACGAAGAUUAUAGUGUCACUGACUCAUGGGUUGACGAAGACUCUAGUUUCACUGACUCACAGGUUGACUGAGACAUGAGUGUUACUGACUCGCUGGUUGACGAACACUCGAGUUUCAUUGAUGCACAGGCUGAAAAAGACUCAAGUUUCAUUGACUCAUGGAUGUUUGACGAAGACUUGAGUCUCACUGACUCGGGUUGAAGAAGACCCCAGCUUCAUUCACUCACGGGUUGAUGAAGACUCGUGUUCUAUUGACUCACGGGUGUUUGACGAAGAUUCAAGUGUCACUGGGGGAUAGCAGGUGCUCAACAAAGACUCGAAUGUCACGUUCAGGAACAUGUACAAGAUUAUGUGCAUGAUCCCUGUGACUCGAUUGAAUUGUGCACCCGAUACAUUGGGGGAGGGGACUUUGUUGGGCAUGUGCAAGGUUAGUGACGAGUGAACCAAGUACCCGAUUUACUUCAGUGAGUGACUCAUGAGAACUGGGGUCUUACUGUGUUAUGAUGUCAUCAAGACUGGGCAUUAUUAUCUUUAAAUAGGCAAAAUAUUUGACACAACUCAAUCAAUUUUGUGUACGUUGGUUCAGCCUUCCCAAACAAGCCAAACUCACGGUGUAGUGAAGCGAACGUGUGAAUGUUUGUCAGUCAGCGUCUUCACAACACGAGUCGAAUACGCCUCCUUGUAACGUCAAAUGUUUUUAAAAGGCCGUCAACUUUUCUGUAAACGUGUGUGCAGUCGGUGUUCGUGUGCAAUGUGUAGGUGCCGUGCCCUUCUCCGAAAAUCACUCUCUUGCACACAAAUGGUAUGCAAAGGUCUGGUGUGGCCCGUGUCGGUCCGUCGGCGCCACGGGCACAGGCAAAUAAGGCCCGGGUGACGGCGCCUGGCUGUACACGUGCGGCCGCCGAGUUCAUAUGGAAAUCCAAGUGCCUUUGGCCGCAUACCACUUUGAAUUGCCAUUUGCAUGCGGUUGCGUGGCACCACUGGCAGACAAAGCCAGUGCUGAUGUUGAACCUACUUAGUCGGACUCUUGACUUGAUAACAGGCGUUAAUGAGCUCGUUCCUCCCCAGGAAAGAUCCUGUCCAUACAAACGAGUCAGUCAUGUGAGCACUGUUGAAAUAUUUAUCAUGCGUGUCGUUGAUGUACUCAGUUUUUGUAAGACAAAUCACUAUUUAAAUAAAAAUCCUGUACUCUUGA